AUGUUAUUAGCUACUCAACAACAACUUUAUGAUUAUGUAGUACGUUUACGUUUCGGUGGAUCAAUAUCAUCGGAACCAUAUCCUUCAUAUGCUUUUCAACAACGAUAUGAUCUUCGAUUUUGUCAAGAACCUAAACCAUCUUAUUCUUAUAUUGGACUUAUUGCAAUGGCAAUAUUAAGUUCACCAGAUCAACAACUUGUUCUUUCAGAUAUAUAUCAAUGGAUAUUAGAUCAUUAUCCAUAUUUUCGUGCAAGAGGUCAUGGUUGGAGAAAUUCUAUUCGACAUAAUCUUUCAUUAAAUGAUUGUUUUGUCAAAGCUGGUCGAUCAGCAAAUGGUAAAGGUCAUUAUUGGAGUAUUCAUCCAGCUAAUCUAGCAGAUUUUAUGAGUGGAGAUUUUCGAAGACGUCGAGCACAACGACGAGUUAGAAAAAGUAUGGGUUUAGCAGUACCAGAAGAUGAAGAUGAUGACGAUGAAGACGAAAUUAUACCAAUUAAUCCAACAGAACAUUAUUUUGAACAUUCUUCUACGAAAUGUUCAACAGAAGAACUUCAUCCUAAUGUAAAUGAAUUACCACUUUCAUCAUCAAUAAACAGUACAAAUGUUCCAACUAAUCUUUUACAACGUUAUUUGGAUAAUAUACAAAGUGUUGCCAUAUCUCGUUUUAUACCACAAUCAAUUCAUAUAAAUCAAAAUCCAAUAAAACAAAAUCAACAAAAACGUUGCUUCGAUGUCGAUAGUCUUUUAGCACCUGAACAACCACAAUCAAUUAAACGACAAAAAUAUCAUUUAGAUCGAAAAGAAGAUACUUUUAGUUCAUAUUCAAAAUCCGAAGGUUCGACAGAUAUAGAAACAUCAGUUUAA